AUUUGAUUUUGGACAAUGCCUGUGAAAAUGGGUGAUAAUUCGAUAUCCCCUUUAAAAUCUCUUGUCGUUACCUUUGCUUAGGAGCUAAAUACUACACAUAUUUAUUCUUAAUCCCCGUUUGAGCGACUUCUCCACAUUUUGCUGUAGUAGAUUCGAUCAUUGCAGUGUUAGCAUAUAGAUCUCUCCAACAACCUGGCAUUUUCUUUACCAAAUUCAACAAUGAGAUUAGUUGCGAAUUUUUUUUCCCUUGCUGCAUUCUCCUUUCUUCGGCCGGUCAAUGGCGAAAACUACGUCCCUGCGUUUCGGUGGCAUUUGCCCCAUGAUUGUCCAAUCGAUUCCAAGUCGACUAUUCCCGAUACGUGUGCCUCCUUUGCGACGGUGAAUUCUGCUAAUACGGAGAUUGCACCAAUUUUAAAAUCGAUCACACAAGAUACUGAUUUUUUUUCCUACUAUCGCCUCAAUCUGUUUAAUAAGAAAUGUCCCUUUUGGUCGGAUAACACUGGCAUGUGUGGCAACAUUGCCUGUGCUGUUAGUACGUUAGAGUCCGAAGACGAUAUUCCGGCCAUAUGGAGGGCGGAGGCGUUGAGCAAGCUGGAAGGACCUAAAGCUGGGCACCCGGGCAAAGAACAGCAACGAGCAAGGCCAAAAAAAAAGCCCCUUCAAGGAAUGCUUGGGGAAGAUGUUGGUGAAUCAUGUGUGGUGGAAUACGAUGAUGAAUGUGAUGAAAGGGAUUAUUGCGUACCUGAGGAUGAAGGAGCUACCGGAAAAGGGGAUUAUGUGAGUUUGGUUGAUAAUCCUGAACGAUUCACUGGCUAUUCUGGACCAGGUGCCUGGCAAGUUUGGGACGCAAUUUACCGGGAAAACUGUUUUCUCAAGCCGUCCCAGCAAGGGUUCCCCCCCCAAAAGAGGAUGAACUUUGGAGCAUUGCAGGCUGCUCACAGUUUUCAACAUGUGCUCGAAAAGCAUGAAAGAGAACAAUCUGUUAGUGCUGUCCUUCAUAAUGAAGGAUAUCCUGUGGAUGAUGAAUGUUUGGAAAAACGAGCUUUCUAUCGCUUAAUAAGCGGAAUGCAUGCCUCGAUAUCAACUCAUCUGUGCUGGAAUUAUUUCAAUCAGACUACGGGAGAAUGGUUGCCAAACCUGCAGUGCUACAAGGAAAGACUUCACUCUCAUCCAGACCGGAUAUCUAAUCUUUAUUUUAACUUUGCCCUUCUAUCUCGCGCUGUUGCCAAAUUGCAGCACCACUUGCAAAACUUCUCUUAUUGUGCCGAUGAUCCCGAGCAAGAUCAUGAAACGAAGCAGUGGAUGUCCCAGCUGACCGAUACCCUUGCUUCUGGGCCUCAGGUUUUUAAUGAGAGCAUCAUGUUUCAGGCUCAUGGCGGGAUUGCGUUAAAGGAAGAUUUUCGUAACCGUUUUCGAAACGUCAGUCGACUGAUGGACUGUAUCGGAUGUGACAAGUGUCGCCUCUGGGGAAAGCUUCAGACUGCCGGAUAUGGUACGGCGUUAAAGGUCUUGUUUGAAUUUGAUGGACCGGAGAGUAAUAACGGUUUACUUCGAAGAACGGAUCUGGUUGCCUUGAUUAACACUUUGGGAAGAGUCUCUCAUAGCGUAUCGGCGAUUCAAAAAUUUGAGAAGGCUCUCAAAUCGGGCGCGGAUCAUUUGACAGCACAUGCAAGUCCUUCACGUACACUUCGACAGCCUCGGGCUAGUUCCGAAGGUAAAACCGCUGCGAUAGCUGGUAACAACGCCCAAAAUCGAGACUCCGAGCAGCAAGAGGAAGCGAUGAGCGUUAAAGAUGUAUUCAACAAGGAAUGGCGUGUAGUAUGGCAGGCAUACGCUUAUGUGCUUCGGAGUUGGGCGAGGUUCCCGAAACUGAUAUAUCAUAUUUUUACCACAGAGAUUGGCCGCUUGUGGAAUUACUGGCUUGGGAAACCUAUUUCUCCUCGGUUAUGGAGAAUAUCGUUUCCGAGCAGGGAUGAAUUAUGAAUGGACCGCCAUGAGGUUUCUACUAUUUCUUUAGCGUUUCCCCUUUGGGCUCUACAGUGAGGGGUUAUCGUAUCUUGACGUACUGGGUGUGAUCUGAGGAUGACUACGGAGUACUCUGUACUUGAUUGAAAGAAUACUGCUGCCCGGGGCUAGGGCCAACAAUGUCUUGGACGACAAAGAGGCCGUUAUCGAGGGUAAUGGGCCAGGAUCGCGUCGGCCGAUGGUCGGAACUGGGACGGUACAGUACGGUCCCGUCCCGUUGUGCUCAGUACUGAUACCAUAUUGAGGGGAAGUACGGGGGUAGCUUGGUACUAUUACCAUGCCAGAUGCUCCGUUUCCAAGGCGAGCCUCCUUGCCAAGCGUGCGUACAGAUCAACCCACAGUGUGCUGAGCUCACCACACCAUGUAUGUAAUUUAUGUUCAGCGCCAUGUAACAUUACAAGCAGGCACAUGACCAGAC